AUGAUCUCUCGCUCUCCCUCGAGAUUCUGCAGGCUACAUGAGACUAUCAGACCAUAUCAAAGGAAUGUCUCUAGUCCGGCUCGGGCUCACCCUACCAACGCGCUAGUCGGACCGCUCGGGACUUCCUCGUACCCAUUGUCUGGAGCUGGACCCCUAGUAGGAUUGCGUCUGGCAGUGAAGGACAAUAUAUGCACCAAGUCACUGCCAACAACAUGCUCGUCUAAAGUGCUUCAGGACUAUCAUUCUCCCUUUGACGCGACAGUCGUUUCAUUGCUCUGGAAUAACGGCGCGGAGAUUGUUGGGAAGGCGAACUGUGAUGAAUUCGGGAUGGGAUCCCUCAACCUGUACUCGGUCCAUGGUCCUGUAGUUAACCCCUUCGGUUUGCAAGGAGAAGAAUCCGCCGCGGAACGGAGAUCUGCGGGAGGUAGUUCGGGUGGAAGUGCUGCCGCAGUCGCUGCUGGCCUAUGCGAAGCCGCCUUAGGUACGGACACCGGCGGUUCUGUGCGAUUACCAGCCUCGUAUUGUGGAGUUGUAGGCAUGAAGCCUUCAUACGGUAUCAUUAGCAGAUGGGGUGUCGUUUCCUUCGCCGACAGUCUGGACUGCGUAGGCGUUCUCGCGCGAGACAUUGACACUACCAGACGUGUCCAUGACAGCCUAGCUGUCUGGGACCACAGAGAUCCAACGGCCGCCCCUCUCCAUGUGAGGACAAGAGCUAAAGGCGUCAGCGAGAGUGCCCUCGAGUACCUCAAGAGCGAAACCCUUGCCGGCCUUCGAAUAGGUGUUCCGCGGGAGUACUUCCCGAGCGAACUGGAGCAAAGCGUAGUCGCACCCCUUCGCAGCCUUCUGAACCAGCUACGAGCUCGCGGGGCGACCAUCGUUCCGGUGUCCCUCCCCUCGACACCAUACGCUCUGAGCGCGUACUACGUCAUCUCCAGCGCCGAAGCCAGUAGCAACCUCGCAAGGUACGACGGAAUUGAGUAUGGUAUGCGCGUCGAGCCACCUCCAGGCGCGAACUUCACAAAAACUGCCAACGUCUACGCAUAUACUCGAUCACAAGGGUUCGGUAGGGAAGUCCAGCGGCGCAUACUGCUGGGCACCUAUGCGCUGUCGGCUGACGCUUUUGAGAACUACUUCCUGCAAGCCCAGCGGGUGCGCAAGCUCAUCAAGGCUGACUUCGACCGUGUCUUCUGUAUUCCCAGCGUGCUCAACUCGCCAUCAAGCCCUAUAUCGGCUGGUCCAUCAGAGGGCGUCCACGUCCUAAUUCAUCCUUCUGCGAUUCGGACUGCCCCUGCCCUCCCAACCUUAGACAGCGAGGGUAAUCCAGAGGACGGAACAGACGCGCCCACGUCUACCCUCGACGCGUAUGUGCAGGACGUGAUGACUGUCCCUGCGUCGCUAGCGGGUCUCCCGGCUUUGAGUAUCCCGGCGGGCACGGGCGCCGAUGGAUGGCCGAUCGGCGUCAGCGUAGUGGGACAGUGGGGUAGUGAUGAGUUGGUGUUGAAGGUCGGAGAGAUCAUAGAAAGAUGUCGGGGAGAUACUUGAAGGUAGUGCGUAUCUCAGAUACUAGUACAACAAUCAACCGAGCCCUAUAGCGGAAUGCCAGACAAAUCCAACUCGACCUACGACAUCGCGUCAGCGUUUGUCUUGCAGUUGGCGUUGAGUGGAC